AUGUUAACUAAGGUACUUUUCGCCGUGUGCUUGGUAGCUACAGUAAAAGCUGGAGGUCUCCUUGCGCCAUCUGUAUAUAACGCACCCUACGGCUAUGGAGGAUGGAACCCAUACAACUCCUACCCAGCCCAGCCUGCCAUCGCCACACAACAUUCCAACAUUUUGAGAUCACCUUUCAAUUUGGGCCAGGUUUCAACUUAUUCUAAGGCUAUAGAUACGCCAUUUUCGAGUGUACGCAAAGCUGACAUUCGAGUCAGCAACCCUGGCUUAGCUGUUGCACCAGCAUAUCAGAGCUAUGGUGCACCCGUUGUAUCCCACAUUGCUGCCCCCGUUGCAACCGCUAGAGUUAUUAUCGACCUGUCAAGAGGACAUUUUUUCGUCAAGCUGUCUUCGCAAAUUCGCAAAAUAGGAGACGAUAAUCCGUUCAAGUUUACCAAUUUCUUGUCUAAUCUACCACCGAUUGGUGGUAGAGCAAUGCCGCGAUGCAGCAAACGCACACGCGGCGCAGCAGCUGAUCUGCUGCCUGGUACCACCUCACUCGAAGACCAUCACCACCACAAAAGAUCUAGAAAUACAAGUUCACGGCGACAUUCCAAAGCAGAGGACACCAGUUUUAGUGCAAAGAAAUGUAUAGCCUGGUUUAAGGAUUAUACUUCAGUUACAGAGCCAGAUGUACUAGGACCGGAAGGUAUGGAAAAGUUCUGUGAAGAUAUAGGUGUAGAUCCAGAAAAUGUGGUAAUGCUGGUGAUUGCAUAUAAGAUGGGGGCGAAACAAAUGGGCUAUUUCACACAAGAGGAAUGGUUAAAAGGUCUAACGGAUCUCCAAUGUGACAGUGCCCACAAAUUGCAGAAUAAAUUAGAAUACCUGCGUAGCUUACUCAAUGACCCAUAUAUGUUUAAGGCUAUCUAUAGAUAUUCAUAUGACUUUGCGAGGGAUAAGGAUCAACGGUCACUCGACACGAGCACAGCGCGAGCCCUCCUCGGCGUGCUUCUGCCGCGCUGGCCUCUGAGGAUACCGCUCUCAGACUUCCUUGGCAACGAGCGCCGGUACCGCGUGGUCAACCGCGACCAGUGGUGCAACAUCCUCGAAUUUAGUCGCACAGUUGAUACUCAGCUCACUGCAUACGAUGCGGACGGAGCCUGGCCUGUGAUGUUAGAUGAAUUUGUCGAGUGGUUGAGAGCGGAACGGGGCGAUUCAACAAUGCAUGCCAGCUGA